UUUAGCUAGGAACGAUUCGGCACUAUUGUUUGGUGAUCUUUCAUUGUUAUACAAGUGCUAAAACGGGUUAAAUGUGAGUUCAAUUUUAAUAUACACGUUACGCGUAGUUUAUAAAAUUAAUAAUCAGUUUUUUUUAAGUGUUUCUAGAACGUUUACUAGCAUUACUUGAUUUGCUAUGGCGGUGGAAACAAUGGAUCCCGCGCAAGUUUUCAUGGCGAAAGUAUCUGACCGGUUCAAGCCGGUGCAUGACUUAACUGCUCGUGGAACGUCCAGCGUGCAGCAGUUUUACUCCGGAGCUACCGUAUUCCUGACUGGAGGAUCAGGAUUUCUUGGGAAACAGCUCAUUGAAAAACUUUUAAGAGCAACGAGAGUAUCAAAAAUCUAUGUGCUACUGAGGAGUAAAAAAGGCAAAAAUGUACAACAGAGGCUGCUUGAAAUGUUAAAAGAUCCUGUUUAUGAAACACUUCGAGAGCAGCAGCCAGAAUUUGCCAACAAAAUAGUUGCUGUGUCAGGAGACGUGUCGGAACUAAAGCUUGGCUUGAGUGACAAAGACUGGAACACUAUUGCUGAUGAGGUGGACAUAAUAUUCCAUAUGGCUGCUACAACUAGAUUUGAUGAAACCCUCAAGAGAGCUACCUUCAUCAAUGUUCGUGGUACGAGAGAGAUACUUGACAUCGGCAAAGCUUGUAAAAAGUUGAGGUCAUUCGUUUACGUAUCAACAGCUUACACACAUGCUAGCGCGGAUCGCGUUGAUGAUGCGGUAUUGGAAAAGUUCUAUCCAAGUCCUGUAAGUCCAAAAACCAUGAUCGGCAUGGCUGAAACUAUAGAUGAAGAAAGAUUAAAUGACAUAACAACCAGUCUUACAAAAAGUUGGCCUAACACGUAUACGUUUACGAAAGCGAUCGGCGAAAGUUUGGUUGAAACUAUUGGGAAAGAUCUCCCGCUAUGUGUGGUUCGACCAGCAAUAGUGGUUGGCACUAAGAGAGAACCAACGCCAGGUUGGUUGGACGUAUCCUGUAUAUACGGAGCAACCGGUCUUCUUCUCGCGGUGGGAUUAGGCGUAAUGCACACUUCAUACGCUAGACCAGACAAUCAGAUAGACUUAGUACCAGUAGACUAUGUGAACAACGCUAUACUUGUUGCUGCGUGUGAGACGGCCAGAACUAAGAGAGCAACGUUACAAGAUAAUGAAACAAAGAUUUAUACAGUCACCUCGUCUACUAGAAAUCGAUUUACUUGGGAUAAAUUGGAUUAUUUGCUUACAAAUGAAGCGCGGUAUUAUACAACGCCAAAGGCAGUCGGUUACGGGUUCGUCUGGUCUACGUACAACCGUCUACUAUUCUGGCUCUACACCUGGCUGUUGCAUCUGAUUCCUGCUUAUAUUAUAGAUGCAAUUGCUGUUAUUUUUGGACACAAAAGGAGAUUUGUAAAACUAGCAAGAAAAAUGCAAAGAUUGAGUGAUGUUUUGGCUUAUUUUCUCACAAACGGAUGGAAAUUUGAGGACCAAAAUACGGUAACACUUUUUGACAACCUUUCUAAAGAUGAUAAACAGAUCUUCAAUUUUGAUGUGACAGACAUAGAUUGGACUGAAUACAUAUUAAUAUGGUGUCUUGGCUUAAGGAAGUAUGUAAUUAAGGAUGGACUAACCGACACUUUAUAUGCUUGUAAAAAGCAAACAAUUUUCAAAUUUGCAACGUAUACUCUAUUGCCUCUGUAUUUCUAUGGUUUGUUUAAACUUAUGUAUUGCGCUGUAUCUUUCUUGUAUGUUACUUUUUUGAAGUAAUUUCUGUGAUUUUUUUAAAUAAAUAUUUUGU